GACAUGCGCACUCGGCCCUGCUGGCUGCUUCGGAGUUUGUUAUGAAAAGUCGAGGCCUCGGUGUAAAUUAGUAGCGCAGCCUCCCCCCUCCCCUGUCUCUGCCCCGGGCUUAUCCGUCAUGGAGGGCAUGGACCUGGACCUGGACCUGGACCAGGAGCUCAUGCAGAAAUUCAGCUGCAUGGGCACAACAGACAAAGACAUUUUAAUAUCGGAAUUUCAGAGGCUCCUCGGCUUCCAGCUGAAUCCCGCCGGAUGCGCCUUCUUCCUGGACAUGACCAACUGGAACUUGCAGGCUGCCAUAGGAGCUUACUAUGACUUUGAAAGCCCCAACUUCAGUGCGCCUUGCAUGUCCUUUGUGAAAGACGUGACGAUCGGCGAGGGUGAAUCCGUUCCCCCUGACACCCCAUUCACAAAGACUUGGAGGAUACAGAACACGGGUGCAGAGUCGUGGCCUCCUGGGGUCUCUCUGAAGUACGUGGGAGGAGAUCAGUUUGGCCAUGUGAACAUGGUAAUGGUGCGCUCUCUGGAUCCCCAGGAAAUGGCCGACGUCAGCGUCCAGAUGCACAGCCCCGUCUCUCCUGGCAUGUACCAGGGUCAGUGGAGAAUGUGCACAGCUACGGGACUUUACUAUGGAGAUGUCAUUUGGGUGAUCCUGAGCGUAGAGGUCGGAGGCCUCCUGGGAGUCACGCAGCAGCUGUCCUCUUUCCAAGCCGAGUUCAACACCCAGCCUCACCGCAGCGUGGAGGGAGACUACAACCCCUUUGCCUCGCCACAGAAGAGCAAGUGCCCCAACAGCAACAACAACCACGUCCACAGCGACGGCAGCAGUAGUGUCACAGAGGAACAUUUGCAGGGAAGCCCACUCCAGCUGCAGCAAGGCCAGAAUGGACUUUCACACAGCUCUGUGGAUAUAGUAGCAAACCGCCUACAAAGCAGUCUAUCAGUAGUCCCGUGUAACCAGAUACAAGAGCCCUCUCCAUUUGGGCACUCUUAAUCAUGGGACUUAUCACUGUAUGGCAGCACUAAGUUGUACCUCUGGAAUUUUUCACACCAAUAAACCUGGAGGCUUUACUGCGGAGUGUGGAGGUCAAAACACUUUAUGCAAAGUCCAAUUACACUUAAAAAAAGAAAGAAAGAAAGAAAGCCAGAGGGCCAAUCCUCCUGAUGUGCAGCUGAACCAACAUCCCACUGUACGCACGUGUGAAUGCUAAGUUAAAAAAAAAUAUGAGUGCUAUGAGUCUUGAGUGAUAAGUUUUUUUUUUUUUUUUCCUUUACUUUUAAAAUUACCUUCUUUUAGUUGACAAGGAUGCACAUGGACAGAGGUGAAAGCAGUGGGUGUGUGCGUGCAUUGCGCGACCUGAAAAGAGACUUAAAGCCAUUAAUUUUGCCAACUGAUUCUGCAGUUUCUGCUCCUUUUUAGCUUGUUUAAUUAUAUUUUGGACCCUCUGGCCUUUUAUAGCACUAAGGCGACUUGUGAAGGCUACCCUGAAAUGCAGCUUUUUGGUUUUAGAUGUCAAGUCAGUUAGUCUAAUGUUUUUACCACAUGGCUCUCAGAAUAUUGGCUGUUUAUUUUUUUUUUUUUUUUUUUUUUUCCUACCCUGUCUCACUGCCUGGAGUUGAUGUGUUAAAAGUCAGGUAGGCAGUCAUCACUAAUUAGAAAAGUGUAGAUUUGGGGAAAUCCUGAGUUUAAUCCUGAUGUGCUAAAUCAAGUUUACGCCUCAUAUAUCCAUUGAGUCACCUACGUUUUAAUCAAAGAGAAUAUCAUUAAAUAAAACGAUUGGUGCUUUAUUCAGUCAUCAUGUGAGUUGGGAUUAGGUUUAAGUUUAAGGCUCGCAAGAUUUCACCUCAUUUUCACCAGAAUGAUCCACCUGCACCAUCCACCGAGCUUUAAAUUGGCUUUGGAGUCACAAUGCAGGCAAUCAGCUGGCAGCAGCAGGUACAAAAAAAGGGAGCGUUUUACUGUUUAGAAGUCGUCAAUGUUUCCAGGCUAAGUUGCUUUUCCAUAAGUCUGAUUCUAACAAGAAAACAGAACAUAGUGACAUGAUUGGUGCACGUCUGCUGUAAGGCUCAAAACUCAAGCUAUACAAACACCGUUAAAGACAUAAUGCCACAUUAUACAAAUUCAAAAGGUUUGGUUCAAUCUGUGUUGGACUUUUUAACAUUUAGGUUGAAUGUAUUUCAUGAAUGUAGAUAAGAAUGAUAAACCUGGCAAUGUUUUCUUUUACCCAAAGAAUCUGCAUUAAGUUUGAACUAAACUGGCAGUUUGAAUUAUUAUUAUUAUGAUUUUUUUUUUUUUUUUUUUUUUGCCUUGCCCUGUCUUUUUUUGUCUAUCUAAUGUUUUGGAAAUUAUGUGUUGAGAUGUACUGAACUAAUUAUAGAGAUGCACCAAUAAAUUGGCCAGAGACUGGAAUCGGACGGUUUUCUGCCGAUUGGUUCCGAUCGGUCUUUAGCCGUUCAAUAUCUGAUCCUCUCACCACCACCUUUCAUUAAAUGCGUCACAACCAAACCCCCUGUAAUGCUCUCUGCCUUUUGCUUCCAUGGUGUUUGAAUUCCUCUUUACAAUAAGAAAUAUUAAGGUCUGGGAUCGUAGCACGUACAAUUUGAUCACCAGAUAGCCCCGGUCGCCAUUGAUCUCUGGUUCAUGGUGAAAGAUUCUGUCAUAUGAACAUUUCUCACUCACCUGUUAAACCACACGUGCACCACUGCGACCGGAUCGAUUGAAAUGAAGCGAUAAUAGAUAAGCUCACCUCACAGUAUGCUGUCUGGACUGUUAGCGUCUCAAGAUUUUUCUUGAGACGCUUGAAACUUAAAAUGAGGCUGACAGCUUUUACUACUUUCUGAUUCAUUCUGCUAUUCUGUUCAUCUAACCAUUGAAGGCUCUGACAGAGCACUGAAAGGUCAUCCCCAGACAGGGGAGUUGAUCGAUUCUUAUGAAAAAGAAAUGUAAUAAAAGUUGUAAUGGCAAAAGUAAUGUACACUGUCCUGAUUUGGCAGAACACUGAAAUCCUGACUCUUGAUCCAGGCAAACACGUGCGCCAUGCAGAACAGGAGCGGAUCCGGAAAAAAAACACAGACCUCGAGAUGUUCCACAAAAUCCUCACGUUCAAACACAUUUUUCAAUACCCCAGAACACAUGGCAAGAUAGGAAUCUAUUUUCAGUAAUACACCCGCCAUCAGCACGUAUUAUAGUGCAUUUUGGGGGGGAGGGGGGUUGAAUAAGGGAUGUAUGCUUGGAAGCACAAAUUAAGAUUAGGUCUAAAACUACCUACCUCUAAUAAAAGUCUGCAGCACAUUUUUUUGUUAUUUUAAGAGGCAUUUUUCACAAAAAAUAAAAAUCUAGACAAGAUAAAACUUGAAUUGGCAGGUCAAACCUAAAAGAAAACUGGGAAAUUGGUACCAGUGAGGAAAAGCCUGAUUGGUGCAUCUCUAGAACGGAUCACAUCAUCCCAGAUGAGCGAACAAAAACAUGCCCUUCGGGGGCCGUCUCGCAACUUAUUUACGUUCUUUUACAAACUGACUAAUCUAUGCACUGAGUGAUAUAACCUUCACAAAGGCUGUGUUGUUUUUUUCCCUGGGAAUGACUGUGUAGCCAGAGAAAAGGUCGUGAUCUCUGUGAUUAUAUAAUCUACAGUCGGCGUGUUAGACCACCUCAUCAAAAUGGUGCCCUUUAGUUGAUGCAAGUGUAAGGUGCUGAACCGUGAUAUGACAAUACCAGCUAAUACAGGAAAAAAAAAACUGCUCCCGUUGCGCUGAAGCGUUUCCUUCCAACAACUCGUACGACGCGUGUUUCUUCUUCCAAAUGUCAGUUUCUCGAGUCCUAAGCGUGUUGUUUUUUUCUUUUGUGUAACAUCUCUGAAGUUUCCUGUGGCCAGAGCGCGGGGUGAAUCGGUUGGUAUUAGACUCUCACAGCAGCGCAUGUGUGCGAGUGAGGAAGUGCAAACAAGUGAAAGAUCAUUUCUUAUAUGAUUGAUGAAUGUUUCUACAAUUAAAUUAUCACAGAAAUGAACUACA